ACAUGUAGUUUGAUAUUAUUUGUGUGCUUUAUAGAAAGAGAGCAAGUAUGUCAGUAAGCGACAAAACAAGGAAAGAUCACAGGGCUCUGUACAAAGCUAGGACUCCUCCGUGGAAAGAAACCUACAGAAAGAGAUGUUUGGACAGACUGAAAGAGAGCAGGGGAAAGCUUCAGGAGAAGUUCCGUAACAUCAGUACAGCUUUAAAUGAAAAGGAUGAAUUUAUCACAGAUCUGAUGAGAGAGGAGCUUCAGACCAUGCAGAAGAAUCUGUGUUCGGGGGAGGAGAAACUGGAUGUGGAGAUGGAUGAUUUUUCUGCUGCUGACUUUGAUAUUGAGAGUGUACUGAAUUUGUUUGAAGAUAUUCAGGAGGAACUUAGACAAGAGGAAUUGAAGAUGUUGGCCGAGUUUGAGAAGUAUGAGGCCAGUUUACGUCAGGAAGAGGAUGCUUUGUGUUCAGCCAUUGAGAGUUUGUCAGCAGAAGAUGUCAUUUGUCCAGUGUGUCAAAAGAAUUGCAUGUUGCAAAACAAAUCUGUGAUAUUUUGUAAAUGUGGAGUCAGAGUGGAUACUGAGCAAGACUGCUUAACCCUUGUAAAUGUUAAAAAGCUGCUUGAUGAAGGAGUAAAACUUCAUGAAAACAUGUGCACCACCCCACCUACCUUUUCUGUUGUGUCUGACCUGGGACCACAAAAUCUCCUGAUGUCCUGCAAGUCUUGUGACUGGAUGUCCAUAAUCAUCUAAUUUCCAUGAAUGACCAAAGAAAAGUAAAAAUGCAGCUUAACCUUAGUUACUAUGCAGUGGCUAAAACUGGUUGUACAAUGUUGUGAGAUCAAACAAUGCAGCUAAUGACUGACUUGUACAUAGACAUUGUGUAGAAUACCAUGUGAUUUCUAGACAAUGUACAAAGUGGAUCUGUAGUGAGGGAUGCUUCAGAAAGUGGAUGCCAUUUUGAUUUUUUUACACUUGAGAUGCACUACAGAUAUUUGUUUUCUUUAUAUACAAUUGUUUAUAAUAAAUUUCACUUUGUUGAUCAUGAGAAUUUAUUUGUCCUUACAUGUACAAUGUACAUUUUGUUUAUUGUAAAUGUAUUUACUUAAAAUAAAUAAUGAAAAUAAAGGAAUUCUCAGUGAAAUAAAUUA